UGUAUGUAAGGGCAUUCUUUGUUCUGUAUACUUCCAACUUUCCUAGGUGUGACCUGUUCUGUAAUAACAGGCUGGCAAGAUAAAGAAGCUUUUCCAGGGCUGGGUCUGCCCGGGACUUGCCGGCUGGGCCCCCUCUGGACCGGCCUGUGCCCCCCUCUCUUCUGCCUCCGGACCAGCAGCACUGGUCAUGUCCUCUGAGAGGCCCACACCUCUGCUUCAAAGUACGUGCGUGACCUCUGUGUCCCACGGCUAAACAUCAGCCACAGGAUGACCUGCAUCUGAAGCCCAUGCGUGUAACCGGCAACACGCUGAAGUGGUGCUUUGUGGAGGGCCCCCCUGUGCCAGAGCCAGGAGCCCACCCCCUCCACCGCGCCAUCCUGUGGGGAGGGAGAGGAGGUUCCUGCCUCCAGGAGCUUCCAGUGGGUGGAGGGCCAGGUCCAGAGAUACACUUGAUGUAACAAUACAUUUUAUUGCAACGGUUAUAUAAUAAGAUGGAGGUACAUGUCAGGUGCUGUGGAGGGCAUUAAGAAGAGGCACCAAGGCCAAUCAGGGGAGUUUCUGGUGAUGCCAGACCCUGGGGUAGGUAGGGCUGAAGGACAAGAGCUCGCUGGGUACGCAAGGCAGCGAGGGCCCUCCAGGAAGAGCCUGGCCUGAGCCAAGACAUAGAGGCGAGAGGCCUUGGGAGAGGGUGUCUCAGCACCUUUUGAUUGAGGCUCCCCAUGAACGCCUGGACUCCCCCAACCUUGUCUGCCUCCCCUUCCCCUUUAAAUAUUUUUUAAAAUAUUUAUUCAUUUAUUUGGCUGUGCCAGGUCUUACUUGUAGCAUUCAGGAUCUUUACUUGCCACAUGGUACCUAGCUCCUGGACCAGAGAUCAAACCCAGGCCCCUGCAUUGGGAGCACAGAGUCCUAGCCACUGGGCCACCUGGGAAAUCCUGCUCCCUGAGUUUUCCACUCUGGUUUUGGCCCCCAGUUCCCCGGGAGCUGGGCUUCCCUGGUGGUUGAGAUGGUAAAGAAUCUGCCUGCUAAUGCAGCAGACCCAGGUUCAAUCCCUGGGUCAGGAAGAUUCCCUAGAGGAGGAAAUGGUAACUCACUCAGGUAUUCUUGCCUGGAGAAUCCCACGGACAGAGGAGCCUGGAGAGCUACAGUUCAUGGGGUCGCAAAGAGUCAGACAUGACUGAGCAACACUCCCUUGAGGCCGAGUCAAUCACUGGUGAAAUACAGUAAUGUUCAAUCCUGCAAAGUCUAGAACCAUUUACUAGCAAGUCCAAGUAAACAGCUGGUCGAAAAAAGUCUACCAGGUAAUAUACUGUGGGUAGGAAUAGUUCCCUUUUUUGAAGUUCACUGCAAUAAACAAUUUGCACACUCUAAGUAUUUUGGGAAAGAAAGAUAGUUCAGGUGGGCUGGCAAUCAAAGAGAUUAUAUAUUUGAUUAUAUAGAGAUAUAAAUCAAAUGCUUUACAAUGACUAAAGAAUAUAGUUAAUUGUUUUUUAAAAUUCAAGUGUCCCCCAAAGGAGUUUGAGUUUUAAGAGGGUGUCUCUGGUCAGGUGUGGAGCUGGACCGAGGGGAGUGCCCGUGCUUGGAGCAGAGAACCCCGUGAGGGGCUGCUCCUCCAGUCCAGGUGAGAAGUGAUCGGUACAUGCUCUGCCCACUGGCCCUGGGCCCCAGCCUAGAACCUUCUGUCUGGAGGAGGGAUUGUCCUGCUCUAGCAGUGGCCAGGGAUGGAGGAAGGAGAGAGAAGGUCACCUGGAUAAGGAGAGGAGGGUGAUGUGGGGGAGCCCCCUCCCGGGGCCAGGCAGCAGGGGUGCAGCAGAGAGUGCCCUAAGUGCCCCCAGGCUUGCCUUGGGGGUGAUCCUCCAAUUCUGGGGUCUGCCCCGGCUGGCUGGGUGAUCUCGGACAAGCCCCCCUCCCCUUUCUGUGCCUCGUCCAGGGCGUGAGGAUUACUCCCUUCCGCACAGGGUGGCCAUGGGGAGCCCUGUGUGCCAGGUUGGAGGACUGUUUGGACGAGGAGAUGCCACGGGGCCUGGCAGGACUGCCCCUGGGGCCGCCUGGACCCCAGGGCUGCCGCCCCCUCCCGGGGCCCCUCGCUGUCUAGGCCCUCCUGGAGUGGGGGUGGGGUGUCCCGGCUGGUCUGGCAGCACAGCAGCUAAUUAUUCUGUUCAGACCCCUCCCUGGCGAUGCCAAAUCCUCACGGCCAACAGAUUCAGCCCCUAAACCCGUCUGACCAGUUGUCUGGGAGAAGGGGGCGCCUGGGAGGGGCAGCACGAGGUGCCAGAAGCAGCCACCCCAUCCCAGCACAGGGAGCGGAGCCUCUGGGGCUCUGGAUGCUGCGGACAGACCUUCGGACGGACAGACGGUUGGACGCUUGUUCUGGCCAUGGGGCUUGGCAGGGGACAGUCUCCACUGCUGAUGGCACUGUUGCCGCUGCUGACCUGCCUCCAGACGGGGAUGAGCCUGGAGAGCAUCGGCUACGUGCCCCAGCUCUCGAGCGCCACCCUGGGCGGGAGGCUCACCCAGUCCACCUUCACGCUGGAGCAGCCGCGGGGCCAGUUCAGCCACCCCAGCAUCUCCGACUCUGACGCCAUCUGGCUGGUGGUGGCCCACAGCAACGCCACCCAGAAGUUCACGGCCCCACAGAAGGUGGAGGACACCCCGGUCCCUGCCGACUUCCCCCAGGGGGGCUACUACCUCACGCUGAGGGCCAGCCGGGCUCUCUACCCGGGCGGCCAGCCCAGCAACCAGCUCCGGGUCCUGCGCGUCGGCAAUGAUACCCGCUGCUCCCCAAGGACAAGAGGCUGCAACCACCCGCUGCCGGGCCCCGGCCCCUACCGAGUGAAGUUCCUGGUGAUGAGUGACAGAGGACCCAUGGCUGAGACAGAGUGGUCCAGUGAGACCCACCUGCAGCAAGCCGAGGUGCUCCAGGCUGCCCCAGGGCCCCAGACCGCGGGCACUGUGGUCAUCAUUGCCAUCCUGUCCGUCCUGCUGGCCAUCCUCCUGGCUGCCCUCCUCACCCUGCUCAUCUUCACCUGGUACGACACCUGCGGGAGCACGCCCAUCUCUGGCCCAGGGGAGCUGAUGUUCGUGAGAAAAUAUGAUACCCACAUGUCCAGGCCUUCAGCCGUUGGGGGCUCCUGAGGGCCUCCGGGGGGCCCCUGGUGCAGGCUGGGGGCCCACCCUGCUGCUUCAGAGCCCGAGGAGAGAGUGUUUCUAACUAAGGGGCGGGGUAUCCUUAGCCCAAAGCUUGGGCCUGUCCCUGUCAGGAAUAAAUGUCCCCAGCAGCCCCCUGAGUGGCUGGGUC